AUGAUUGACGAUACUGAGAACUCCAAAAUUCAUUUGGAAGGUAGCCAUAAAACAGGAAAGUAUACGGGCUAUGGUACUACACAUAAAAUCAGAGCUCAGUUAAACUUUAAUGAUGAAAAGAAAUGGAAGAAGUUUUCUAGCAGAAGACUAGAACUCAUUGACUCAUUUGGCUUGAGCCAGCACAAAGCAAGUGAACAAGAUGAUAAUAUAAGACAAAUAGCCACCAUAUUAAGGAGUGAAUUUGAGUACCCUGAUACGUUUUCGGCAGAAUUUGAAAAGUUGGUUACCGCUGCUGUUCAAUCGGUGAGAAGAAACAGGAAACGUUCCAAGAAAAAAUUAUUAGACUCUAAGAAGAAAAUAGCCCGUGGUAAAGUUCAAAAAAUUCCUUUGUCUCCCCCCAGCUCAAGUAAUAUGGGGUCUUGUUCAGCUUCCAAUGCAUCAAGCUCUGACGAAGAAGCCAGCGUGAAGGAAGAACCUGCUGAGCACGCUCUUCCUUCUCUUAAUACUAUAACAUCACAAAAAUUGUUACCUUAUCCGAAUGGCCGCACUCUUCCACCUGUACCAACUCAAGUUCGCUCUUUACUUAAGAAGAACGCAUCUCUUCUUCGUGAUCCAUCGGCACCGUAUGCGCACGGCGGCGAUGAAAAAUUACAAAAGUUUGAUAUAGAAGAUCAGCCUCUAGAAAGUGAACAAGAAUACGACUUUAUUGCCAAAUCAAUAAUUGUUGAAAUUGUAAAUAAUGCUAUUCCACUACCUGAACAAAUUCAAAGAGAUAAGUUCAUUAGACCAAAUUUAACGAAAAAAAAAGGGUGCCAAAGCAAAGUUGUAAUAUCCAACAACUUGAGAAAACUCAUCCUGUCAAAGAUACAUAACUCAAGGACGUGCUUGGAGAUGUCUAAGGAUGAAAGAAAUUUGGAUUCUUUUGCUAAUCUAGAAACGCUGGGCAAAAAUUCACUAAUGGCUUCCAUUUCCCUUGUGGUAGAAAACAGCUUUUCACAUUUACCGUCUUCUACUAAGCAAUAUCUUACUGAACGGCUGUCAUCAAUCGAAUUUUUGACUAUUCUAUCGCAAAGGCUAUUUAUGCCCGCUACACGUCAACUAUUCGCUGACCUAUCACAAGAAAAAAUUCAGGUGAGAGUGCUGAAUCUCAUACUGGGAUCUCUUGUCAAAGAUUAUGGGUUUGAUGCAUCUUUGGCACCAAUCAACGAAAUUAUCUAUCACAUGACACUCCAUCAAUAUCCCUUGGUUUGUAGUAAUAAACAGUCCAAUCCAAUGAGGCCACACUCCACAUCUGAGGUCUUGAGUGCACAUUCUUCAACGAAAGAUGCAAGCACUCCCGGUAAAGAAGAGCCUCGAGUGACGAGGUCAAGCACAUCGGCAGAUAGCACUAUCAUUACAUUGCCUUCAAUUGAAGUCCCAAAUACGUACGAUGAUGACAGGUUAAAGAUGUUGAGCGCGAUAUCGUUGCAGAUUGAAAAUUCCACCUUUUCCAAACCAUUCAGUACUAUUUCAAAAUAA